AUGCUCCUCCUUGUGACAUUGACACUAUCUCCCGUCCUUUGGGUUUUGGGAUGGCGCAAGUCCUUUGCUUAUUCGCACGUUUGCCUGGCGAGCGCCACGCUCGGCAUUGUCCUUUGGCACGUCUUAGAGCAGAAGGGAGUUCUCUCUGUCGCCUUCGUCAUAGGUGCAUCCAUGCUCCUACUUGUAGCAACGGUUGUCAAGCUGUUACUUCGCUUCCGCUUGCGCUCCAUGUACGGGAGUUCUGUUGGCACCAGCUUCUCUUUUCCUGGUGCUACUCGCCUCGAAGUCGGCCUCAAGCGGCCCAUCGAGCCUUACGCCGGCAUGUACUACUAUCUGCAUUUCCCAGGUCUACGGCACCACUUACACGGCUUCCCUAUGAUGCUAAGCUCUUGGGAUACCUCUAACAAGACAAUGGACACCACUAAACUUCACUUCAUCUUCCACACACGUCCACCGCUGCCUCUAGCUUCUGAAGAGCGAGGCAUUACUGAGGCCACACUUGCAGGCCCUUAUGGAGUAAGUAUCCCACUGCAUCGUUAUGAGAAUGUGCUUCUCGUUGGCGAAGGCAUUGGAAUUACUGGCAUACUGCCACUUGCUACACUUCUAUCUCAGCGUCGACAGCACGAUGACACGAUGAAGGCAAUGAAGGGAGUGCCUCUUCACCGGGAUCUAACACGGGUGGUUAAUCUGCUUUGGAAAGUGGAGUCCGCAGCGGAGCAACGCUGGUGCGAGGACCUGCUUCUGGCACUCGAGAAGUUCGACGCGCCCAAGCCUCUCAUCCACAUCAAUAUCAUCCUUGAAAGAAAUGCGCCGCAAGUCAUCAACUUCGCUCAUACGAGUCGAAAUUCGGUUCGAAGGGGCGACACUGAAGCCAGCGUGACGAAGAGGCUGAAGGAUCUCAAAUUGAAACCAGGGCGCACGGUUGUUAUAGUGUGUGGCAACCGGGAGUUCUCGAAAGAAGUGCGGCGGGCCACCAUAGACACGAGAGUUCUCACGGACUACUUCGAGACGGAGUACCAGCCCCGUUCUGACAUGAGUCAUGCAAUGGACGGUGUUGAAGCUCGCGAAGUUCCCAGAGGCGGCCGUUCAGAAAUGAGGGGAGUGACAGCACAAACCCACACAACAGGAAGGCAGGUGUGGACGCAGACCAAGAAGAAGCUUUCGAGAGCAAUGGAUGCAGUAGGGGCAAGCUCUAGCUCCGAGAUUAUUGUGAUGCAGGAAAGGAUCGAGCAGCCUCGCGGUGUGAGAGAGAGCCCUGUGGUACCCACGCGUCUGACGAGACCGCGGAGGCCGGAAGGAGGUCGCAUGUUCUGA